AUGCCGUGGCAGGCCAAAGCCGCCGCCAAAAGAGCGAGCGUGCUUGCAAAGAUCCCCCCAGAAUGGCGGUUGAGCGAGGCUGACCUGGAUCGCGCCUCGAAGCAGAGAGAUCUAACCGGCGCCUUCAUCGAGCAAUUUCUCACCGUCGAGGAGAUCGCGAUCAUCAGCCAAGCCAGCGUCUCCCUUGUGGCGCAGAUACGCGAAGGAAAGUACAGCGCAGUGCAAGUCACGCGUGCAUUCUGCAAGACGGCAGCAAUCGCGCAUCAGAUCGUAAGCGAAUUUGACAGCAGCACCUCCAUUCUCAGAGCUGACGACUGGCAGAACCCCUGUCUGCACGAGAUCUUCUUUGACCAGGCACUCGACCGGGCAAAGGAGCUGGACGAGUAUUUCGCUACUCACGGCACGACGACGGGCCCCCUUCACGGCCUCCCGAUCAGUUUGAAGGACCAGUUCCAUGUCAAGGGCAAUGACACGACCAUGGGAUACGUCGGCUGGAUCGGCACAUACGAAGGACGUCAGGACCCAAGCUUGGUGCACAACGUGAACAGCCAGGUUGUCUCCGAGCUCCUGGGACUGGGUGCCGUUUUGUAUUGCAAGACGAGUCUUGCUCAGACGCUGCUGAUUGGCGAGACGGCGAACAAUAUAAUCGGACAAACGUUGAAUCCUUUCAAUCGGAAUCUGUCCUGUGGCGGUUCUUCCGGAGGUGAAGGCGCGUUGCAAGCGUUGAGAGGUAGCUCUGUAGGCGUAGGCACCGAUAUAGGUAUGGCGUCCCUUCUUGUCUAUAUUUUACGUCACUGCUUAGACAUCUUUCAAGGCGGCUCUAUUCGUAUACCGGCAGCGUUCUGUGGAGUAUUCGGCAUCAAGCCCUCGCGUAACCGCUUCUCGUACAGGGAUGUAGCGAACGUGAUACCAGGACAAACGACCUACGCGUCUUCUGUCGGUUUCUUGGGCACGACCAUUGACGCUCUGCGCUUGAUUAUGACUGCGGUCCUGUCGACACAGCCCUGGCACCGCGAUCCAAGCGUUGUCCCGCUUCCCUGGCGGCAGGACAUUGUGGAUGCCACGCUGGUAGUCGAAUGGACGCCUCCGUCUCACAUAACAGGGAAAAAGGUGAAUCUUGGCUUCUUGACCGCGGACGGCGGGCACGACAUUCACAACCAGCUCCGUCUUUCUGAAGAACCGCUGAUCCCGCAGCAGCGCGAGGUCUUGCAGCUGACGGACCCCAUCUCGCUUCUGGAAUACCACGCCCUGACCGUCGAAGGGAGGGAUUACGAGGCGGCUUACUUGGAUUAUUGGAACGCUACGGCCGACGAAGAUGGUCUGCAACCUGUGCCCUCCUUAGGCGUCUGUCAAACCGUCGACGCGGUGAUCAUGCCCGUUGCGCCGCACGCGGCCGUGAUUCCGGGAAAGUACUACCACACGGGCUACACCGGAGCAAUCAAUGUCCUAGACUACAGCAGCGUCGUGAUCCCCGUCACCAAAGCCGACAAGCACCUCGACCAACGAGACAAGGACUUUGAGCCGGUGAAUGAGCUCGAUGCGCUGAACUGGCAGGCUUAUGACCCGGACAUCUACGACGGCGCGCCUAUCGGAAUCCAGAUCGUGGCUAGGAAGUACGAGGAGGAAAAGGUGUGGGCAGUAGGGCGGAUUGUGGACGCGAUCCUGCGGACGGCUGGCAUCGAUGUGAAUACUGGUAGUAAUACUACGGGUCAAUGUGCAGGAGGAUGGGGGAGUAAACUCUGA